UUCUUUCUUCAGUCCAGGUAAAGAAAAGAAAAGGUGAAUUAAGACAUCAGCAAAAAAGGAAACCAGAAGUCAUAGUCCAUUUUUUUACAUUUAACCAGCAGGGAUCACUCUCUGCUCUCCUCACCCUCAUUCACUCUUCAUCACUCUGUCUCAGAUAAUCCUAACCGUCCUGCCGCUGAGAUGUCGACUCCAGAUGCAGCAGGCACUCCUGGAGCUCCCGGGGGUCCGGAAGGUGAGGGAGGCCCUCCGGCUCCGGCCCCAAACCUGACCAGCAACAGGCGGCUGCAGCAGACGCAGGCGCAGGUGGACGAGGUGGUGGACAUCAUGCGUGUGAAUGUGGACAAAGUCCUGGAGAGAGAUCAGAAGCUGUCAGAACUGGACGACCGGGCCGACGCCUUGCAGGCCGGAGCCUCGCAGUUCGAGAGCAGCGCCGCCAAGCUCAAGAACAAGUACUGGUGGAAAAACUGCAAGAUGAUGAUCAUGAUGGCGGUUAUAGGAGUUAUAUGUGUCGGCGUCGUCUUCUUAUAUUUCUUCUACUGAGCUGCUUUUCAAGAAUGGAGAUGCAAGACCCAGAACGAGUCGUCACCAACGAACGCCACCGCACCAAACCGAGUCUUUCCUCAGUGCUCCUCCUCUUCCUCAGUAACCCCUAUGCAUGGCCUUUAAUGUGCUUYUCCUGUCCUCUUUGCAAUGAGCAGGUUUACAGAUUAAAACAAAGGGUCACUAUAAUCAGUUGGUUUUGUYUGGGUGAGUUKUAGAAAGUCAGAACAGUUUAUGGAUUUAAGAUUUAUGACAAAAAUUAGCCAAUGUGACAUAACCUGUUUUAUCUAAAUCGCAUCACUUCCUGAAGCUUUCAGCUUCAUGCUU